CUCUCUCCAAUCAUCUCUCUCUCUCUCUCUCUCUCACACGCUUCAACAAUGGAUUGUCUCCCAAAAUGCGGUGCGAACUUUGUGUCGCUCACCCCCCUCACUUUCCUGAAGAGGGCGGCCUCCGUCUACGCCGAUCGCACGUCGGUCGUUUACGAGUCGACCCGCUUCACCUGGGGCCGGACAUACGAGCGGUGUCUCCGUCUUGCCUCCUCCCUCCGCUCGCUCAAUGUCGUCAAGAACGACGUGGUGUCUGUCCUGGCGCCCAACGUACCGGCCAUGUACGAGGUCCACUUCGCCGUUCCGAUGGCCGGCGCCAUCCUCAACACCAUCAACACCCGCCUCAACGCUGCCAACAUCGCCACCAUCCUCGUCCAUUCCGGCGCCAAGGUCUUCCUCGUCGACUGCGAGUUCCUGCCGCUCGCCUGUGAGGCCCUCGCGAUCCUCGCAGCCACUGGGUCCCGCGCCGGCCCCCGGGUCGUCGUCAUCGACGACCUCAACUCACCUACCGGGGCCCGGCUUGGGGAGCUGGAGUACGAGGAGCUGGUCCUGCGGGGCGACCCGGCCUAUGUUCCGGAGGAGGUCCGAGACGAAUGGGACCCAAUCGCCCUGAACUACACGUCCGGGACAACCUCGGCGCCCAAGGGGGUGGUGUACAGCCACCGGGGCGCGUACCUGAGCACCCUCAGCCUGAUCCUCGGGUGGGAGAUGCGGAGCGAGCCGGUGUAUCUCUGGUCGCUGCCGAUGUUCCACUGCAAUGGGUGGACCUUCACGUGGGGUAUCGCUGCCCGUGGCGGCACCAAUGUGUGCCUCCGGAACGCCACCGCACCCAACAUGUACCGGAACAUCGCGGCGGAAGGUGUCACCCACAUGUGCUGCGCCCCCAUCAUCUUCAACAUCCUCCUGGAGGCCAAGCCCCAUGAGCGCCGUGAGAUCGCCGCCCCCGUGGAGGUCCUCACCGGCGGUGCCCCCCCGCCGGCGGCGCUGCUCCAGAAGGUGGAGUCGCUCGGGUUCCAUGUCACCCACGCGUAUGGGCUCACGGAGGCCACCGGACCGGCCCUCGUCUGCGAGUGGCAAGCCAGGUGGAACCGCCUGCCUGCGGCAGAGCAGGCGGAGCUCAAGGCCCGUCAGGGGAUCAGCAUACUGACGCUUGCCGAUGUAGACGUCAAGCACUCGGAGACGAUGAGGAGUGUCCCGCGUGACGGGAAGACCAUGGGGGAGAUCGUCCUCCGCGGGAGCAGCAUCAUGAAGGGAUACUACAAGGACCCAGAGGCAACAUCCAAGGCCUUCCGGGACGGGUGGUUUUUCACCGGAGACGUCGGCGUCGUCCACCCGGACGGUUACAUGCAGAUCAAGGACCGGUCGAAGGACGUGAUAAUCUCUGGCGGUGAGAACAUAAGCAGCGUGGAGGUCGAGAGCGUGCUGUACCGGCACCCCCGGGUCCUGGAGGCAGCGGUGGUGGCGAUGCCACACCCGCGGUGGGGGGAGAGCCCGUGCGCCUUUGUCACCGCCAAGAAGAAUUCUGCCGGGAAAACGGACGACGUGAAGGAGGCGGAGAUCAUAUCCUAUUGCCGGAAGAACCUACCGCACUUCAUGGUGCCGAAGAAGGUGGAGUUCAUGGCGGAGCUGCCCAAGAAUCCCACCGGAAAAGUACUCAAGACUCAGCUGAGGGCUGUGGCGAAGAACUUCGUCGUGUCGGAGAAUAAUAACGGCCCGUCCUCGUCCGACAAGAAGACGUCCAAGGAAGUCGCGAUGACGAAUUCGUCGCGAUACGAUCCCGGGACGCAAGAGCAACAGGUUCUUGCGUUGUCUCGCCUUUGAAGGGAUAUGAGGGAGACGUCGUCGUUUGGUCCUUGCGAUGUCGAGUUGAGAUUCGAAUAAACACAUGUACAGAGAAAAGAGAGAAGGAAGGGAGCGAGCGAGCGAGCGACAGCUUCUUCUUUUUUAUUUUUCCCUUAGCAGUAAUUUGAGUGAGACAAGUGGCUGGUUUUUCUUUCAUUUACGUACAAUUUACAAGAUAUCUGUAAACAUUGAAGCUUUUCUCAAUCGCCAUUAAUAGAAAAAAACGUUGUUAAUCGAGA